AUGAGCAAAUCUGUUGGCCAACUGUCUGGUGGGAAACAAAGACAACUGUCUCUGGCGUUAGCACUCCUACAUCAGCCCAAACUGUUAAUUCUUGACGAACCGACGGUGGGAACUGACCCCGAGUUGGGCGACAAGAUAUGGCGCUAUUUGCACGUGUGUUGCGCUGAGGAAGGGAUGAGUGUUUUAUUGGUGACCCAUUACACAGAAGAGGCACACUUUGCACAUAACAUUGGAUUCAUGAGAGACGGGCGGCUCAUCGAAGAAGGGGUUCCCAAACUCUUAUUAGACAAGUUUCAGGAAAACAAUUUAGAGAGUGUUUUCAUAAGACUUUGCAAAUAUCAGGAAAAGCAUACAAUCACUGAUGGAUUGGACAACUCUUUGCAGACUUACUAUGAAUUGGACAAAAAGAGCGCAAACAAUGAAAGCUUUGAGAAACCCAUUCAAGCUCUCGAGGAUAGGGUUAUUGAUGUGGACAAUGCAGAAAACGAGACCAUAGAGGACAGUCAACUUCGCGUUUACAUCGAUAAUUCAAACUAUAUUUACGCACAAUUCCUAAUCGAUUCUCUCACCCAAACUGUUUGGUCACUUAUAUCGGAUAUUUUAGUGGAGAAUGGGAGGGCACGAAUCCCACCCCCAAUUCAAAUCGUUGAGACCAUAUACGCACCCGACUCUAAACUAUCGGACUUCUUAUUACCCGGUUAUAUGAUUGCAUUCAUAUACUUAUCACAAGUGACCCUAUCGUCUAUUGUAUUAAUUCAUGAACGACAGGACGGACUGUUUGAUCGGGCAAUAGUGGCCGGCGCCGGUCAUAAGCUUAUAUUUGCCUCGCAUUUUAUUACUGGAUGUCUCAUGUCAUUCAUAAAUGUCAUACUAAUGCUAUUAAUAGCGUUCAUAUGGUUUGAUAUCACUAAUUAUGGCUCGUAUUCGUUGGUUGUGGUACUGGUUAUGGCUCAAGCAAUCAAUGCUAUAUCACUUGGUCUAUUGAUAUCGUCAUUAUGUAAAGAGAGUUUUGUGGCAUUUUUCCUGUCUUUGUUCAUAAGUUUGUCACAACUGUUCACAAGUGGAGCCAUUUUCCCCAAUGAGUCCAUUGAACCAGAAAUACGCAAAUUCUUAUAUUACAGUCCAAUAGCAAUGCCAACAGAAUCGUUAAGAAAUGUGAUGCUCCGGGGCUGGACUUUCACCAACUUCUAUGUCUAUCACGGAUUUGCUAUGAAUUGUAUCUCUGGUUUACUCUUUACUAUUAUUGCUAUUAUUGUAUUUAAACGCAACUCUUAAAUAAAUUUUAAAUUAUUUAAAUUUAUAUCUUUUA